CCCGGAGCCCCGCCUGCCCCGAGAUCUCUGGAGCUCAGAGCGGGGCCGGGAGUCCCGGCCCGCCUUUGCCAUGUCCUCGGAGCCUGAGCUCAUUGAGCUUCGAGAACUGGCACCCUCACGGCGCACCGGCUUGGGCCGCACCCGGCUGGAGCGCGCCAAUGCCCUGCGCAUCGCGCCGAGCACCGCACGCAACCCCACGCAGCAGCUGGCCCCUGGCCGGGGCCACCGCUUCCAGCCGGCGGGGCCUGCCACACACACGUGGUGCGAUCUCUGUGGAGACUUCAUCUGGGGCGUCGUGCGCAAGGGCCUGCAGUGCGCGCAUUGCAAGUACACCUGCCACUACCGUUGCCGCGCUCGCGUCUGCUUGGACUGCUGCGGGCCCCGGGACCUAGGCUGGGAACCGGCGCUGGAACUGGACACCAACGUGGAUGAAUCAGUGGAGUGGGAGACAGCUGACCUUUCUCAGGCAGAGAUUGAGCAGAAGAUCAAAGAGUACAAUGGCCAAAUCAAUAGCAACCUCUUCAUGAGCCUGAACAAGGAUGGCUCCUACACAGGUUUUAUCAAGGUUCAGCUGAAGUUGGUACGCCCAGUCUCAGUGCCCUCCAGCAAGAAGCCACCCUCCUUACAGGAUGCCCGGCGGGGUCCAGCACGUGGCACAGUUGUGAAGCGUCGCACCUCCUUCUACCUGCCCAAGGAUGCUGUCAAACACCUGCAUGUGCUGUCACGCACCCGGGCACGCGAGGUCAUUGAGGCCUUGCUGCGAAAGUUUUUGGUGGUGGAUGAUCCUCGCAAGUUUGCACUCUUUGAGCGGGCUGAGCGCCACGGUCAAGUGUAUCUCCGGAAGCUGUCAGAUGAUGAACAACCCCUGCGGCUUCGGCUCCUGGCUGGGCCCAGUGAGAAGGCCCUAAGCUUCAUCCUGAAGGAGAAUGACUCUGGGGAGGUGAAUUGGGAUGCCUUCAGCGUACCUGAACUACAUAACUUCCUGCGGAUCCUGCAGCGGGAAGAGGAGGAGCACCUCCGCCAAAUCCUGCAGAAAUACUCCUUUUGCCGCCAGAAGAUCCAGGAAGCUCUUCAUGCCUGCCCCCUGGGGUGACCUCUUGUACCAGUGUGGGAGGAGGAGAGUAGGCAGCGCCUAGGGCAUGCCGAGUGAAUGUGACAGGGCCCGUGUGGCCUGAAGAAUGAGUGUGCAUGGAGGCCCUCUGUUGCUGAGGGAAUGAGCCCAGAGAACAGUGAAGAAGCUGGCCCCCUGUGUCCACCAGUGGGUAUAGCAGAGCUUGGCUCUGCACCCGUUUGCCCUUCGUUUACUGGGUCAUGGUGGCCAGGGUUGCCCUGGGGAGCUGCUCUGCAGCAAGGGUAAAGCAUACAGAAGUCUCAGUAAUUUGUCUCAGAUAAGAGAAUUUUGGAGACCCAACACAGAAUAAGGUUGUUUACAGGGAUGAGGGCUACCAUCUAUGGAGAAAGGUUGUGUGUUUUGGGUCUUAGGGUGUCAGAAUAGCCCUAUCAAAGCCAAGGGUGGGUGUUGAAGGUAAGACAGGCAUCUAGGAAGAAUCUAGGCUUCCUUUUGCAGUGCCCUCCGACUCCUCACACAUCCUGGGAUCUGAGAGUGCUGGUUCAUGGUGCAGCAACAGUGCCUCGGUGCCUCCUUUAAGGAAAAUGUCCCUGGGUCAGGAUUGUGAGUGUGGGUAUUGACCCAGGUCUGUGCCUUGCUUGCCAACCAAAACCAGGGUCUUUCCUGCAAGUAUUUUUGAUAAUGUGUGUGAAUGUAUGUACUAUUUUGUGGCUUCAGUGGAAUGCCUCCUGUGGGGAGAGGGGUGGGGUUUAUUGUCAUCACUAGUGCCUGAGAGAAUUGGCUGAAUAAAGAUUUAAGAAGCCUA